AAGUAAAGGACCGUGUCUGUGUAUAUCCCAGUAGAGCUAUUCGCUACGCCUCAGUAUUUGGUUCCCUCAGCAAGCAUGGCCGAUCUUCAGGAUGUCUCCGGUGCUGAAACAGGAGUGCCGCCUGAAGUUGUCAGUGAUAUUGUGUAACUGGCAGUCCAAGAGAGAACCUCCAGCCGACUAUUAUAUUGUUGCACAAACAACAGAUGGCUUUGACGCCAACCUGUGGAAGGACAGCAUAUUCAAAUCCAAGGUCACGCGCUAUCUGUGCUUCAGCCGAGCUGCCACCUCCAAAAAUAAGCAGUUAUGCAACGUGGUGGUGGAUAUGAAGCUGAUGGACCUGAAGGACUGUUUGCCAGAGGGCUUCACUCCCAUCCAAGACACCAUGGAUAGCCAGGAACAGGCUUUGAGGAAGGAGCGGCUGUGUGUGAAGUUCGUCCCCCGAAACAGCACCGAUACGGCGAUCUGCGAUGUGCUUAUACAGGGAAAAUCAAAGCACAGCCUCGCUAAUUAUACAUUUAUAGGAGAGCUGAAUGGUUUGGGGAUUUGGUAUCAGCUGGGAAAAGUCCCCAAGUCGCAUGACACAACGCAGAAAACAUUGCCUGCCUCUACAAGCAUUCGUAGCAUUGCCAGACAAGCCCCAGAGUCUCCGAUCUCUAGCCCUACUAAAAAGAACAUUGUCAGGCCAGAUUAUGACGAAAUCUACAACAUCUACACCAAAUCAGCUAUGGAUGAUAUUCCUUUUAUGGUCUCCCAAAAGUCUACCUCCAAAAGCAAAGAUGAUAUAGAACCACUUCCCAUCUUGAACAUUUCCAUCAAAUCACCACAGGAGAUUGAGGAGGAAUACAAAUAUUGUUUCAACACUGAACACAGCGCUGCAGCUUUCACAUGGAGCCAGUGACUUGAAGACUGACCUCAUAACACUAGAGUAAACCAGAGUGCAGUGAGCCCACAUUUACAUCUACAAUAAUAGUUUAUUGUAGCCCUCAUCCACAGUAACUAUCAAUCAGAAAAAAAGGUUUAUGCACACUUGAGCCUUUUUUAAGUAUACAGUUUUUGAUUCCCCAAAGAAGCAUUCGGUGAACAUUUCUCAUUUAUUUAGUGUAAGAAUCAUUUAAAAAUAUAUAAUAUAUAAUUAAAAAAAGACCUUACUGAAACAUUGAAACGUUCUAUGGAUUUUCAAAGGUUCUUCCUGGAACCAUCAGCCCAAGUAUAAAGUAUCGUUAUGUAUUGGAAAUUCCAUAGUGGGCACAUAUUGUAUGUGUGCAGCCUGAUUGUUUUAACUGUGUACAGUGUAGGUGCAGCUCACAAUUGUGCUGUAACUUUGUUUUGCACUACUACGUUGGUCCACAAGAUCUGCUGCAGGUUAAGAAAACACAUGCAAAAAGAAAAACACUUUCAAAUUGACAAAACAUAUUUAUCAAUUUGAAAACACACACACACACACAAACACACACACACACACACAUAAUUCUCACAGCACAAGCAAAUAAUCUUUACAGUAACACUUUAAGCUGUCAUUUUUUUUCUAUGUACGUACUAAAAUAAUUACAAUGUAAUUAAUUAUGCAUAAUUACACAUAACUAACAUCAAACCUAACCCUCAUUCUAACCCUAACCAUAUAGUAGGUAUAUGCAAUUAAUUAAUAUUACUUAGUAUUUAAAUAAAUUGUUGCAUGGUAACGAGUACACCUUAAAAUGAAUUGUAACCAGAUCUUCUUUCACAUGACAAGUGACAAUUUCAUUUGGAAAAAAUCAAGUCCUCUCCUGCUUUUUCAUUUGGGCUGCAAGUGUUGUUUUGUGAUGACUGUAAAUGUUAUGUUCUCAGAGCUUUCUGUUCUGUUUUAAACAGGGUUUUGUUGUUGUUUUUGCGGCUGUUUUAAUAAGGAUAUUAAUGUGAUCUGCACUAAAAUCAUUCUAAUAUAAACUACUACAUAAUUUUUUACAAAUUUUAUUUAAAUACAUUUAGUUGUUUUUAUUGUUAUUAUUAUUGUUAUUAUUAUUAUUAUUAUUAUUAGGCUGCAUGGUGGUGCAGUGGGUAGCAUGUUUGCCUCACAGCAAGAAGGUUACUGGUUCGAGCCUCGGCUGAGUCAGUUGCCGUUCCUGUGGGGAGCAUGUUCUCCCCUCUUCGUGUGGGUUUCCUCCGGGUGUUCCGGUUUCCCCCACAAGUCCAAAGACGUGGUACAGGUGAAUUGGGUAGGCUAAAUUGUCCAUAGUGUAUGUGUGUGAAUGGGUAUGUAUGGAUGUUUCCCAGUGAUGGGUUACUGCUGGAAGGGCAUCCGCUGCGUAAAACAUAUGCUGGAUAAGUUGGCAGUUCAUUACGCUGUGGCGACCCCAGAUUAAUAAAGGGACUAAGCCAAAAAUUGAAUGAAUGAAUUAUUAUUAUUAUUAUUAUUAUUAUUAUUUGAUUAUGGGUGUUGGGAUAUACUGAUAUUGACUAUAAUCAAGAAAGAAUAAUCAAACAAACACAUAAAUAAAUAAAUAAAUAAAUAAAUAAAUAAAUAAAUAAAUAAAUAAAUAAAUAAAUAAAUAAAUGAAUAAUUCACAUUGUUAAUUAAAAGAGACAUAAUAUACCAACUUUGGUGAUAACCAUAAUAUUUCAAAUGAGCAGUACACAUAAAAAUCCAGCAUUAUUGCUUUUAUGAAGCAUUAAGCGCUCUCAUUUAAUUUCUUUCAUUCAUACUCAACACCAGAGGGCGUCCUCACACAGAAUGUCCACAAUGGGGUAUAUGCACAGCAAGUUUUUUCAGCUAGUGAUAAACUUCCGGCGAAAGCUUAAUGUGACUUUCAAUUUCAUAUGGUUCCUUUUACAGCAUCAGUGUUGUAUUGUAAUUACAGUACAUCUAGUUAAACAGACUUAAGCAUUCAUUUAGUUGUUCAAGCUUAAAACAAGAUGAAAGGUUGUGUAACCUAGCUCCGUCAGGAUCAGCAGGUGAGCGCAGGAACUCCAUUGAAAAUACAGGGGUAAAGUAAACUGUCAUAUUUUAAAGAUAUGGCGGGGGGAAACUUAAUUUACCAUAGUGCUUCUUGCCUGGUCUGAGACCCACUUUAUAUUGUAUAUCUAUCAGGCAGUGAAGAUCACUAAUAAAAAAUAAAUAAAUAAAUAAAAUUAUAAUGGAAAGACUGGAAUGCACUGGAAGCGCUGAGGCUGGCUGGCUGGCUGAAAAUAAUAUCCAUGUGCAUAUACACCAAUAAGACAUUUAGGAAAUCAUAUAGACAAAUAUGACAAAUACUUGUUGCUGUAGCUGCAUAAAUGCUGACAGAAAUGUUUUGACUAGUGGAACAUAAAGAGAAUCAACGUACAACUUUAAGCCAUCUUAGGUACUUUAAUAAACAUGAUGUAUAUUUAUGCAAAUUUAUACAUCCUUAAAAUACCAGGAAAAAGGUAUAAUUUAUUCUUCAAUUCAAUUACUUUUUUUCUAACUUUCAAAUGUUGCUAGAGUUUUGACUUAAUUGAAAUAGAUUUGUGUAGAUUUAAAUUGUCAUACUUGUGCUAAGCUGGAAAAAUCUUACACUGUGUUAAACUAGAAAUUGUGCACAUUGUAGUCUCCUCUGUUAAGUGUAAUUAUCCCCUUUUGUGUGUGUGCAUUGAUAUGAUUUAUUGCCUUAAAAAUAAAAUACAAAAUA